CGGCCGGCAUCUUACCUGGGUUUACUGACACUUAACUUGCUGUAACGCAUCAAUGAUCCGGAGGAACCCUACACUAAUUCCCAUGAACGAUAACGACGUUCAGGAUAUUCGGGACAUCGUCAAUAAAGGCAAGGUCGAUCCUGAAGGAAACGAGGUCUUGGCAGCGAAGAUGAAAAAACUGGCGGACAAUCCAAACUUCACCAACGAGGACCAGAAAAUGCUUGACAGUAUGAGGAUGUGGAAGGAAAGAGAAGAUCAUGAACGAACUGUCCUACCUGCGGAAACGUCGGGCUCGGGCUCUGCGAUGCGAUUUUCAUCUUAGAUGAAACUGUAUAUUUUCGUGCUAUUCCGAACUAAAAGAAGUUUUGAAACUUGAUGUGGCACAGAAUCGGAAUUCGCAAAGCAGUCAAGCGACGUGCCCUAGUUUGACAAUGACUAGAGUUUAUCUAGCUAAGCUUUCAUACCUUUGACCGUCAAUUAAGAUUUUACAGUC